AUGCUUGGUUAAUAUAAUGAAGCAACCAUUUUGAGCAGAUAAAUUAUUGCAAGUGACCCAAGGUAUAGUAAAUCAAUAUGUUCUAAUUUAUUUUUGAUAUUGGGCACAUAGGCUUAAUUCAUUAAAAUAAAAACGUUUUUUUUAAGUUUACAAUUUUUUUAGAAAUAUAAUGAAACAAUCCUUUGGGCGGAUAAAGCGCUGCAAGUAGAUCGAAGUCAGUGUAAUUCAUAAUGUGCUAAAGUUACUUAUAUUUUUUAAUGUGAGUAUGAAUCAUUAAAUAAAAAUUGACUUAUUUUAAGAUUAAGAUCAUUGAAAAAGUUAAUAAAAGAGUUAAAAAGGAUCUAACAAUCUCUAAAAAUCAACUCAAAUCAUUUUGACUCAUUAAUAGUAAAAGGGUUACUCUAACUUUAUAUUUCUAUUCUAUCAGAAAAGGAAAGGAUUUAAAAGUUACAACAAGAUCAGAAUCAUUUGAACAGGCCAUAAAAUUUAUCAAAGACUUCAUUCAAUUAUUGAUUCUAAUUAUUAAGAUAUUGAGAUUGAAAAAUUAUUUUAUUUCUAAUGAUCAGAUAGAGGUUUAAAAGCAUUAAGGACAAAAUGAAAAUAGAAUAUUAUUCAAAUGCUUCUUAUUCUUUUAAAUUAUACUUAUCAGAUUUAAUGCGCAAUGCUAAAUUCAUUUGAAAUAUUAUUAUCAAAUUCCAAACAAAAAAAAUUUACUUUGCAUCAAGAACAAAAAACGAUGUGCUAUUCAAAAUUCUGCAAUUACUCUUUAACAUGUUUAUGAUAUUUAUUAUGAUAAGAUUUUGAAAAUCUUCAACUUGGAUCAUGAUUUAAAGGUAUUGCAUUAUAAAUAAUUAGAUUAAUUGA